AUACGAUGCUUUUGAUUUUGAAUAUACUCAUGGUCCUCCUGUUUCGGUGUCAUGGCCUUACAUCAAACAACUGCGGAUUCAACUCAAUGUGUGUCUGUUCACCGGAUCAGCAUGAUUCGAACACAAAAUCUAUUCACAGCGUCAGUUGCAUCUCAGUACCGUUUUAUAAAUUUCCGAAUUUACCAGAAAAUAACAUCGCUCAGUUGGAGAUAGUAGGUACAGAAACCGCUAUUUUGGAAGCCGAAAGUUUAGCUGGAUGUCAAGUACAAGCUCUCAUUUUAACCAAUAACCAGUUGCAGAAUGUUGCUGAUAGAGCUUUCAGUUCUAUGUGGAGAAGCUUAACAUCUUUGGAUCUCAGCUUCAAUCAAUUAGACAAUAUACCAUUCGCCGCACUCAAAGAGCUUAGGAAUCUACAGUGGAUUAAUUUACAUGGGAAUCAAGUAUCGUCAAUACACGGCGUCUGGUCCCACAUGAGAAACACGGUAGCCACAUUGUUUCUUGGCGAAAACGACAUUACAGAGAUCCCCAGCGACCCAUCUGAUCACAAUCCCAAAAAACAACAUAGCUGGCAACAAUUCAAGUCUUUGAUUUGGCUCAACUUGGACAGAAAUAGAAUACAUAAAAUACACGAACGUUCGUUUCCGAUCACUCUGAAAACGGCGAGUCUUUCACACAAUUUGUUAGAUGCGUUUCCCUUUGAAAUCAUUGCGACUUGUUCCCACUUACAAUGGCUCUAUUUGCGAGGAAAUUACAUCCGGACAUUACCGGACUACACGUCUCCGAGGAGAAUUUGGCUGGAGAAAAUAGAUCUGGGAGAAAAUUACUUGGAAAGUUUGCCUAAAGUACCAUUCAACAAAUCCAUCAGCAUACGAGAUCUCAAUUUAUCAUUUAAUGACUUAAAAACCCUGACUGCAGAUAGUUUCUAUGGGUUGAGUACUGGAAAGUUGAUUUUGUCAAAUAACUUGCUUGAAACUAUAGAGCAAGGAGCCUUCAGAGGAAUAACCAAAACUUUGGAAUAUCUAGACUUUGAUCACAAUAAUUUUCAGUCUAUACCUAGUGAACUCACCAACUUAAAUUCAUUGAAAUAUCUUUAUCUCUCAUCGAACUACUUGGCUAAUAUACCUGAUUGGUUAUUCCAGAAUUCCUGCCAAACACUCAAAGCUCUGAGCCUAAGCGGAAACUAUCUCACCAGAAUACCAGUAAAUGCUCUGCAAAACUGCUCAAAAAUCCAUCAUUUCAAUAUAGCCUUCAAUAAAAUAUACGACCUUGACGAAAAUGAUUUUUCCGGUUGGGGAUAUAAUAUCAGAAGCCUUAUUCUUGCCAACAAUAAAAUCACUUAUUUGAAAAGCAAGGUGUUUGCUGACCUACAGGAUCUCAAAGAACUCAGUUUGAGUUUCAAUCCGAUCAGACAAAUCGAUGAAAAGACGUUCGUAGGACUGGAGAGCCUUGAAAGUUUGGAAAUUUCUUUCGGUUUUGAUACGAAUGAACUGUUAUAUGAAGUUUUUGAACCUCUUGUGAGCCUCAAGUGGCUCUCAGUUGACAACAAUAAUUUCCUUUCAAUAUCUUCCUCAUCUUUUGAGUCUCUGUCGGAGUUGAAGUACCUGAAUUUGGAAUCGAAUAAAAUCAAGACAAUUCCUGUGAUGUUGUUGAAACCAAGCAUUCACGCGAAACUCAAAGAUGUAAGAUUUUCAGACAACGAAUUGUUCUUGAUAGAAACUGAAACUUUCCGAUCCCUAUCCAGUUUAGAAAGUAUUUCUCUAACGAACAAUAAAAUCAAAUACAUACAGAGCAAAUCUUUUGCGGACCUACCCUGCUUGAGUAAGAUAAUACUUUCUGAUAAUUUUCUAACUGAUAUCAGUUAUGAUGCUUUUACCAACCUCCCAAUUAUCAGUAAAAUAGACUUCCACAACAACUUAUUACAAGAAAUAUCUUUCAAGUUCUUCACGAACGUUUCUGGAUUACUACAUCUAAAUUUCAGUAGAAACUCUAUAUCAUCCUGCCAAUCGGAUGCAAGAGUUCUGAAUGUAGAAGUUUUUGAUUUGAGAUUCAACAAUCUAGAUCGCAUUCCAAAAUGUUUAGAAAAUACUGCGUUUCUCAAGAAACUCCUUCUGGACUUCAAUAUCAUAACUUCGUUGGAGCAAAACGUUUUUAUGUAUCUAACAUCACUGGAGUAUUUGAGUUUGCAACAAAACAAUAUCAAGUUAGUGAAUAAGAGAGCCUUUUUUGGAUUGCAGAAUUUGCAGAUCCUGGAUUUGUCGAAGAAUUUAGUCAGUCAGUUGCACGUAGGGCAAUUUGCCAACAUGUCGAAGUUAAGGAUUCUGAAUCUGAGCGGGAACAAUCUGAACUAUCUGGCUAAAGAUAUUUUCAGGAAUACGUCUAUCGAAAUGUUAGAUUUAAGUUAUAAUUCCUUCUCGGUCGUGCCAAGUUCUAGUGUUUCUGACGCGGGAGUUACUUUAAGGCAUCUCUCAAUGAGAUCCAACAAUAUCGAACAUAUCGAUAUCACAACAUUUCCGGAUAUUCCUUCUCUGCAGUUUCUGGACUUGAGCAACAAUAAGCUAACCAUACUACCGGACAACGUUUUCACCAGCCUGGGAUUGUUGCAAACUCUCGACUUGAGCUCCAAUCCCCUGAGAUCCAACUUUAAGGAACUGUUUCAUUAUGCACAAAGUUUGAGGAAUCUUAAUUUAGCUUAUUCCGGUAUAAGUUUCACUCCGCAUUUUCCUUUGCCCAACUUAGUUCGUCUGAAUUUGUCGCAUAAUCACAUCGAUACAAUCGGCAAAAACUCUGUUAUUCUACUGUCAAAACUGAAACUACUGGAUUUGAGUUACAAUAGCAUAUCUCGAGUGCCUUCGCAUCUGUGGGCAUUUCUUCCCAUUUUGAAAAUUUUAGACUUAUCACACAACCCUAUUAAGGAAUUAUUAGCCGAUAGCUUUGUCGGUUUAUCUCAUCUACAAGAAUUAAAUAUCCUGAAUUUGAAUCAUCUAAACAGAUUUCAGAGUGACAGUAUUUCCCAACUGAAAGUAAUAUCCAAACUUUCUAUGAGGACUUGGCCAAAAAUUGAAGGUUUUUCGAAUGAGCUUUGUCGUUUGUUUACUAAAACCACUCAACUGAGAACAGUGAAAAUUCAUUUUUUAGAAAACGAACUGAACGAUCAAUUACUUUGCAUAACAAGUCGAAAAGUAAGACGAUUGGAAAUAACUGGGACAAACUUGAGAUGGAUUGAUAAAGGGGCAUUUGCAAAAUUCGAUAGAAAUCCCGAGUUGACAUUGAAAAUUUAUGGGACAAAAAUAGAGGAGCUGCCAUCUGAACUGUUUUCGAAUAUGUACAGGGUAUCACAACUGACUAUAGAUUUGAGAGGAAAUUCAUUGACGCAUCUCCAUCCGGAAAUUUUCUACGGAAAUAUGAGUAGGUGGAAUGAUGUAGGAACUACACUUAUACCAGGGGGUCUGUUCAUUUCGGAUAAUUCCUUCCGAUGUGGAUGUCACCUUUCAUGGCUUAGUCACUGGCUGAGACGUUGGGCCAGAGAGAGUCUCCAGUCACACAAUACUCCCAUCGAGACUGCUAUGAAAAUCAACGAAGUCAUAAGAGAAGCAACCUGUAUAGAUGUCGCCACGGAAGUGCGUAUUCCAAUUGUUCAGUUACAGCCAGAGGACAUGAGUUGUCAUGCCAGUGCUCUUAGUGAUUCGGGACGAACCAAUGAGAUUUCUGUCAUGUUCUUUUCCUUAUUGUUCAUCAUUGAAUUGAUUAGGUAGUAAAUGUGUAUUUUUAAAAGGUACGACUAACAAACAACCUAAUGAUGAGGAGGACCAUAUAUAUAUAUAUAUAUAUCUCUUCCAAAGUAUGACCCCUUUGGCAGUAACAUAAUGUGAAAAGCGAAAAAAUUUGGAACUUUCGAAAGUUUUUUGAAAAACAAAUUUUUGUGGCCGCAAAGAACCUGCCGAAACUAAAAAUGCCCAAAGGUAAGUUGUCAAUUUUCAGAUCCGUUGAUCAAUGACUUACUUUUUUUUUCGCAAAUGUAUCAAUAGAAUUAAGAACAUAGAAUAUGAACUUUGAUAGCAAUUCCAAUUUAUAUUUAUUUAUAUUUUGGAGAGUAUGGUAUGGCGUAUUCAAUGUUUUUGGUCAUUCGCCAGUCAUCGUUUUUGUUGACACUGCACAUCUUCAUCAAAUUGUCGAAAACGGGAAAAUAGUUUAUGAAUUCAAUUCACAUUGAUUCUCCAUUUUCAAAUUAAUAUUUGAAUUGAUGACAUCUGAAAUUUUUAUUCAAUGAUCGAAUAAUAAUUUGAUGCAAUGUUUGAAUGAUCAUUGAAUCAAUGAUAUUCAGUUUGAUAUUUCAUUCCAUUCAUCGCAUAUCACAUUGAUAAUAACUUCAGUAUUUCCUUCAUUUCACAAGCUCAAAGUCAUUCGAACAAUAUCAGCCCGUGUUCCAUUUUAGGUUAUUGCAAUAAAGUCAAAUAAUCGCUGAGAUUCGUCGAUUCAGCAAUCGUCAACCCAAUUAUUCAUGAGAAACGAAUAAUUUUGUUUUUCAUAAAUAGGAAUACUCUUUCCCGAUAAUGGUUUUCUGUUACCAGUUUUGAUUGAAGUUAGUUCAGGCCCUCGUGUGAGUACUUCUUUUCAAUUCGAUUAUUUCACAGCACUCAGGUGAACUCUUCACGCAACACAAGUCGAAAAAUCUUCUGCUGCCAGAACUAACUAGCACUUCGUGGUUUUCUUUUGACUUUUUCAGUUAGAUUUCGGAAGUCAUUUUCUUGAAAAAUGCCCCACUAAGUCACUGAGGCGUGACAAAAAUUUUCCACAUCUCUCUUCCAAUUAUUCGGAUAAUUGCUGAGGGAAGUAAAAUUCCUCAGAUGAACGUGAGAUAUUAUGUUUUCAUUCAUUUCCUUCGUACAUUGUUAGGUAAGAAACGUUAUCGAAAUCAUAUCCGAUUCCACAAUAAAGAAAUGAAGCCUUGAAAAUGAUUCAUUACUUAUAAAAUGGAAAAAAAGGAAUAACUUGUAUUGGCAUCGUUGGUUCCGUCUUGAAGUUGAAUAAUUGUUUUUCCAACAACUUACUUUAUCAACAAAUAAUAAUCAUAUUCAUAUUUCCAGAGUUUUCCAAAACGAUCUGAAACUUAGGAAGGUGUUGAUUGUCAUUAUUAUUCAUCAUAAGUGAUACUUUGGAAGAGAUAUCACUUCGAAUUCCAGAAAUAUGGCUGCCUAACGAGAGAUGUUGAAUUUCAUAAUGAAUUACACACAAACGGCCUGAAAAUGAAAAAUUGUAAAUAAUUUCAUUCAUUAGAAAUUCUCGAAUAGAAAUAUUGUAAAUGAAGUCAAAGUACUGUAAAAAAUAUAAUAUCAUACCAACGAAACUUAACAGAUCUCAUUGUGAGAUAUGAAUGUAAAUAUGAACACAUCUUCGAAUAUGUGUUGAGGGUAGAAUUUUCAAAAAUGUAAAUAUUUAGUGCAUAAUCUAUGCUCAAUUAGAAAAAUUGUCCAAAAUG